UCUCUCCCCCAGAUCAAGGUGGUGAAGUUCUCCUACAUGUGGACCAUCAACAACUUCAGCUUCUGCCGGGAGGAGAUGGGGGAGGUCAUCAAGAGCUCGACCUUUUCCUCCGGAGCCAACGACAAGCUCAAGUGGUGUUUACGUGUCAACCCCAAGGGCCUGGACGAGGAGAGCAAGGAUUACCUGUCACUGUACCUGCUGCUGGUCAGCUGCCCCAAGAGCGAGGUCAGGGCCAAGUUCAAGUUCUCCAUCCUCAACGCCAAGGGAGAGGAGACCAAGGCCAUGGGUGAGUGGGAAACCUCUGUGGGGGCCAACGGGCUGCUGCCAGACGACAAACUGACCCUGUUCUGUGAGGUGAGCGUGGUGCAGGACUCGGUGAACAUCUCGGGGCAGAACACCAUGAACAUGGUGAAGGUGCCCGAGUGCCGCCUGGCCGACGAGCUGGGCGGGCUCUGGGAGAACUCGCGCUUCACCGACUGCUGCCUCUGCGUGGCCGGCCAGGAGUUCAAGGGCCACAAAGCCAUCCUGGCAGCGCGCUCCCCGGUCUUCAGCGCCAUGUUCGAGCACGAGAUGGAGGAGAGCAAAAAGGUGAGAGGGAGGGGGCUCCUCGGGAAUUCCCGCUGGGAAUGGUCCUGCCCAGCCCAUCCCCUGCAGAGAGGGGCCAGCUCUCUGCUCCUGAGGGCAGCAGGUAACCUGUCCGUGGAGAACGCGGCUGAGAUCCUGAUCCUGGCUGACCUGCACAGCGCGGACCAGCUCAAAACCCAGGCCGUGGACUUCAUUAAUUACCACGCCUCGGACGUGAUGGAGACGUCGGGCUGGAAGUCCAUGGUGGUGUCCCACCCUCACCUGGUGGCCGAGGCCUAUCGCUCGCUGGCCUCUGCGCAGUGCCCGUUCCUGGGCCCGCCCCGCAAGCGGCUGAAGCAAUCCUAAACCCCGCAUCCCUCAUCCCGAGCUUUUCUGGAAGCGGCCGCAGCUGCCGCCGCCGCCGCCCAGCCCUUGAGCAGCGGGGAGCCGGCGAGACCCGCGGAGCUUGGACUGUGCUGCUGGGGGGAAGAGGCCGCUCCGCCUGACAGCCGGACUUUGUCCAACGGCACCGAGAAACUUUGGGAAAAGGGGGGAGGGUGGGGCUCUGGGGCUGUUCCUGCGAUUCCCUGUGUCUGUGUUUUCCCUUGCACCCCGCCUGCCGCCCCCCGGGCCGGUGCUCCCGGGGCUCCCGGUGCUCCCGGGGCUGCCGGGGCCCGGGCAGAGCUCGGCCGCUGCGGGAGGAGCGCGGGCAGAGGUGAGGAAAUCCCCGAGGGGAGCUCCAGGAGUAUUUACGGCAAACGCUGCGCGGCCGAGCCGGGCGCGCCGUGCCCUCGGCCAGGAGAUGAAUUUGCUGUUUUUAGCACUUGUGAGUGUCCACCACAAACAGAAGCGACGCUUCCAAAAGCCCCUUUUCCUGUCCAACGCCAGCUCGGAGCGGCCGGGGCGGGGAAGCCGUGCUGGGACAGCACCGCCGAGCCCUGCAGCCCACGGCAGCACCGACGCUUUCUGUUCUAAACCUUGUGGGAAACGUUCUGGGCGUUCUUCCCUCCUUUAUUUCCCCUCUCCUCCCGGUUUUUUUACGGAAGAGAAGCCCCCCGAGCCCCCCAGGAUGAUUUUCAGUGUUGCUGACGGUUGCGUGCGACGUCCCCGAGUUGCUCCGUGGUUCUUACACUGUUUGUACCUGCUCUGGCUGUCCGGGGCCAGCCCUGUCCCUUUCUAUUUAGUCACUUCUUACAGCAGAGAUGUUUCAAUAGUUGGGAACUCUUUUUGUUUUUUCUUUUGGAAAAUAUAAAUAAUUCCUAUUUUGUA